AUUCUGUCACUGAAGGAGAAAAGAGGAAGAAGAAGAAGAAGAAGAAGAAGAGCAAACAGCACAUGUUCAGUUUACCCAAAAACCAUGUGAUUCCAUAAGUUCUGAAGUCAUCAUGCAACGAGAUGAACGUUGAGCUCCUCUAAGAAGAAAUCCAUCUUUGGCUUUAUUGAUGUCUCUGCCUGAAGUAUGCUUCUGAAAGAGACCCAGCCUUUGUGUGGAUUUGGUCAGAUAGCUGACAGAACGUCAGCCAUGUGUUCACAGGGUCAAACCAUGGUCUUAAUGUUGCUCCUGCUGGGUCUCACCUGCUCGUCUCACUGCACUUACGUGGAGGUCAACAGGGGUUUAAAAGUGAAACAGGGUCAGUCAGCCUACCUUCAAGGUGACCUGCAGUUCCAAAUUCCUGCUGAGAAGGACGCAUGCAAAGUGGAAGUAGUGUUAAAUGAGCCCAUAACUCAACGUGUGGGAAAACUCCUUCCUCAGGUAUUUGAUUGUCAUUAUCUGUCUGAUGAGGUGAAGUACGUCCACAAUGGUUGUCCAUUACUAAAGGAGGAUACGGUUAAACUUCGUCUCUACUGGUUCACAGAAACAGAGACAUUUAUUGAGGACUUUGUUCUUCAUGUGGACAUCAUGGAGCCUGAGUGCAGCAUCAUCAGGCUGGGGCCCAAAUCACUCCAGGUCCCCGAGUUUUAUGGCCUCUCUGAUGCUGUUGAUGGUAAUGUGGUGUCAUUUCACUAUGAGAGGAGAUCCACUCUGGAAUGUAGUGUCCACCUGAGUCACCAAGACUCUCACCUGCCUACCCACGGCCAACUGGUCACAGGAGAACCAGACAGUGUCCCCGUCAAAAGAGGGGAUGAACCAGAGAGCUUUAUUCAUCUGCGUCAGCAGCUAGAUAAUAAAGCCAGGGCAAUGUGUAAGUCUGAGGGCUGCCUGAAGGGUCUGAAGCUUGUGAAGUUGACCAAAAUGCCCUGUGAGGACUUUUUGCUGAUGGGGCUGAAGUAUCAGCACACAGAUCCUCCAUCUCCAGAUGUGGAUUACAUUCCAAUCAGACUGGACCUGAAGGACACCAGGAGUGGCAGCCUGUAUAGGUCAGAGAAGGCCUGGAUUCCAGUGCGAAUAUCUGGUGCCAUGUCCAACCAGGCUCCCAAACCAUCCUUCAUGUCGAUGUUUAUCCUGGAAGUGGACCAGUUCAUCCUCACUCCACUCUCCACUGCUACACUAGAUGCUGAAGAUGAGGAAACUCCCAAACAGCUUCUUGUUUUUAACAUCACCAAACCCCCMGAGGAAGGCUUCAUCACCCACCUCUCUGACCACACGCGUCCUGUUUCCUCCUUCACGUGGCUUGAUCUCAACGACAUGCUCAUUGGGUACCAACCUCCAAACUCCUCCCACAUUCAACGCAGGAGUUACCAGGUGGAGUUUGAGGUUUAUGAUUGUUUCUUUACGAAGAGCUCCUUGAUGACGGUUCACACUUCUGUAAGAAYUGCAGACACUAAUGCACCAAGAGUAUCCUGGAACAUGGGUCUGAACCUCUUAGAGGGUCAGUCUCGUCCAAUAACAUGGGACCAGCUCCAGAUUGUUGAUAAUGACAACAUUAAUGCUGUUCGAGUCAUCGUUGUGGACGGGCUGCACCACGGGCAGCUCACUGUAAGAGGUGGAAAGGGCUUCAUGUUCACCAUCAGUGACAUAAAAGCUGGUGUGGUCAGUUAUCACCAUGACGACAGCGACUCCACCCAKGACUUCAUCAUCUUCCGCAUUACGGAUGGUCCCCAUCAGAACCGACAUAAGUUCCCCAUCAAGAUCCUCCCCAAAGACGACAGUCCUCCUCUUCUGAUAACCAACAUGUUGCUGGAGGUCUCAGAGGGUCAGACAGCUUUGAUCAGAGGCUCCAUCCUGCAGGCRUCAGACAUGGACUCCAGUGAUGACUACAUCCUCUUUAACAUCACCCGCCCUCCACUAGCUGGAGAGAUCAUGAAGAUCCCAGGACCAGGGUUGACAGGUUAUCCAGUGAGCCACUUUCUCCAGAAGGACCUCACACAGUCUAUAGUCUACUAUAGACACUUUGGGAGUGAGACCUUUGAYGACUCUUUUGAAGUGGUGCUGUCUGAUUUCCAUGAUCCCCCCAACCUGUCAGACCCUCAAAUGGUGGUAGUUCACAUAGARCCUGUUCCAGACCAACCCCCCAAAGAGGUUCCUGGUUCCAGUCGGUGYCUUGUGAUUAAAGAAACGGAAGUGGUCCAUAUCACACGGCAGCAGAUUCACUUUGUAGACCAGGAGUCUCCUGACAGCGAGCUCACAUACACAGUUACUACUCCACCUUUCUUCACUGGUCCUCACAACAGUCCAGAUGCAGGGAGGCUAUUUCUUGUUGACAGCAUCCCCAAAUUUACCAAAGAUGCUAACGCACCAGUUUUGAGGCUCUUUACGCAGCAUGCAGUGAACUUCAUGAAAGUAGCUUACAUGCCUCCACUCUUGGACAUUGGUCCUAACUCUCAGUCUGUCCAGUUUGUUCUAUCUGUAACCAAUUAUCUGGGUAAAACAGUCCCUGGGAUCUGCUUUAACAUCACUAUAGUCCCAGUGGACAACCAGCCACCACAGGUCAUCACCAACUCAUUGACUGUUGAUGAGGGAGGGGAAGGCUUGCUGGGCCCUGAACACAUGCAUGUGUCAGAUGUGGACUCUGUGCCGGAGGCCUUGAAGGUGGAGCUUCAUAAGGAACCAAAGCAUGGAGUUCUACACCUUAGUGGUGAUCCACUAAUAGCAGGCCAGACCUUUGAUCUGCAAGACCUGAAAAGCCUUAAAGUUAGGUAUAACCAUGACAACUCUGAAACUACAGAAGACUCCAUUGCAUUUAUGGCAACAGAUGGCACCAAUUCUGCAUAUUUUACUCUGCUAGUACAUGUAACACCUAUCAAUGAUGAAGUUCCAGUGAUGGUUACUGGUUUGAAACCAGUUUUCAUGUGUGCAGAGGGGCAAGAAAUGAUCAUCACUGCAGAAUACAUCUAUGCCACUGAUGCCGACAGUGACAACAGCAGCCUAGCAUUCUUAAUUGCCCGCCAGCCCCAUUAUGGUGUGGUGCUACGAAAUGGUGUUAUUGUUGAUCGCUUCAUCCAAGCAGACAUCACUACGGGGAUCAUCUCCUACAAACACACAGGGCUAGAAAUAGGACUCACUCCUCGCCAAGAUACCAUCACCUUCGUUAUUUCUGACGGUGAGACGGAGAGCUCUACUUUCUGCUGUGGUAGGAUAAACCCCAAGAGUAAGAGCAUGACUCGGCUUCGGGACAGUCUGCCCGUUUACGACCUCCACAUAACAGUGUUUCCUGUUGACAGCCAGCCCCCAACACUGGAAACAGGUGACAUCUUUAUAGUGGAUGAAGGUGGGACUGCCCCAAUAAAAGCAUCUCACUUGAAGGCCUCUGACAUGGACUCAGUCUUAGAAGAGCUUGUGGUCAAUUUGGUUUCUCCUCCACAGUUUGGCUACAUAGAAAAUGUCCUCCCCAGUCCUGGCUUUGAACAAAGCAACACAGGCAUCAGCGUAGCUUCAUUUUUAUACAAGAACAUUAUUGAGGGCCAUAUCAACUAUGUACAGUCCAGACACCAGAAGAUGGAGCCCACAGCGGAUCAGUUCAUGCUCUGUGUGUCAGAUGGCAAACAUAACUCUGCACACAUUCCUUUUUACGUCAUAAUUAACCCGACAAAUGAUGAAGCCCCAGAGUUUGAGACUCACAACAUCACAGUACAAGAGGGAGAAAUGAAGCAGCUGGACUUGUCUAUGUUCCAUGCAGUGGAUCUGGACAUCCCCAAGAAUGUCCUGCUUUUCACUGUGGUCCAACCUCCUCAGCACGGCAACAUCCUCCCCCACAGGGAUGGAAAACUCACAGAGAGACAAAGAGCCAACCUGCAAUCUCCUGUCCUUGACUUUACCAUGGCAGAUCUUACUAAUGGUAUGGAACUAGUGUAUCUGCAUGAUGGCUCUGAGAACAUGAAGGAUAGUUUUAGCGUGCAACUGACUGAUGGCAAACACCUGCUUCAAAGACAGGUGAUGAUUGAAGUGGUGCCAGUGAACGACGAGGAGCCUCAUGUCAUCAGGAACAACGGACUGGAGGUGGAGCCAGGAGAAGCCAGGAUCAUCUCCAGUGUUGUGUUAUUUUCAGAGGACAGAGACACUUCGUCUUCAGAGUUGAUGUAUAUUUUUGAGAGUGUUCCAACACAAGGACUACUUCAGAUUAAGGAAGGCCAGACAUGGGGAACGCUGACAGCUGGAAUGAACUGCAGCCAGGAUAUGGUGGACAUGAACCUUUUGCGUUACAUCCACACUGACCUUCAUGCUGCCAAAACACAAGACUUCUUCAUCUUCCACUUGUUGGAUGGAAAGAAUAAAUCCCCACCACAGCAUUUCCUCAUCUCUGUCAAAAAAUUGGAAAAAGGAAACAUUGCCAUCUUUGUGAAACCAGUGAAUGUCAGCCGCGGUGAUCRUGUUGUUCUCAACACAAAUGUUCUGCUGGCUACAGAUGGUACCAACAAACCAGAGGAGCUUCUGUAUGUCAUCACCAAGCCUCCUGAUCACGGACACAUAGAGUACAUCAACCAUCCUGGACUGGUCAUCUCCACUUUCAACCAGAUGGACAUAGCAGCAAACCUUGUGGCGUAUGUCCAUGACAACCGAGCCACCAAGACGAAAGAGAUUUUUCACUUUGUUGUCAGCAAUGGUAAAACCAGCCGAAAUGGAAGCUUUGAGGUUCUGGUGGAAAUGGUGGAUCGCGUCCUCCCAUCUCUGAUCGCUAACAAAGGUCUCACAGUUCCUCAAGGAUCUGCCAUGAUCCUUGGUCCUGACUGCCUGUCCUUGGUGGACCCAGACACUCCACCCAGCGCCCUGACCUUCAUCCUCCAGCAGCCACCGCAGUAUGGCAGUCUGGUUUUAGCUGGUAGCACACUAACAGCUGGCUCCAGCUUUACCCAGAGAGACAUAAAGAAGUUUGAGCUGACUUAUAARCACAACGGAGGCCCGUCGCAAAUCGACAGAUUUGCUUUCACGGCCUCUGACAGCUCAGCUCGGGGCUUCCUGCUGGAUGAACGCUUACAAACAGAUCCUGUGUUCUUCACCAUCCAGAUCAAGCCUUUGGAUAAAUCAUCUCCUGAAGUCAAGAAGCUACUCCCUCUGUGGAAAGCAGAAGUUUUAGCAGAUGGCCGAUAUGGGAUCUUCCUGUCAGCCCGAGAGCUGAAGGCUCAAGAUGACUGCAGUGAUGAGGAGAUAAUAUUUUCCAUCAUUCGUCCACCAUUUUUUGGUUACCUUGAAAACAUUGCCACAGGACAGUUUGUGUCCCAGCGUUUCUCUCAGGUGGAGCUUAACAAAAGAACUAUUGUCUACAUCAUCGCCUCCGACAGGGAGUCCCUCUCAGACAGUCUGCAGUUCACAGUCUCUGAUCCUCUGGGCAACUCAGGGCCCACUCACACCCUUGAAUUCAAGUGGUCCAGCGUGGGGUUUUCUCAGUCUCAGGUCUCAGUGUGUGAGGAGCAGGGAACCAUCUCACUGGACAUUGUUCGAAAGGGGAAUUUAGCUGAGUCAUCAUAUGUCACUGUCGAGAUAAAAGAAGGGACUGCAACGGCUGGAAAAGAUUUUCUAAGGAACCCCUCAUCUCUCAUUCAGUUUGAUCCAGGAGUGUCAAAGCAGAGGUGGCAGCUGGAGAUCAUUCAGGACCAGAUUGAGGAGGCAGAUGAAACCUGUGAGGUGCAGCUAGUUUCUCCUGAAGCCACCGUCAUUAAAAGUAUCAGCAAGGCUGAGGUCAUCAUCAGAGACUCAGGGCAGUGCAGGCCAAAGCAGGAUUCUCAGGCUCCUCUUCUUGGAGGAGAAGAGAUUCGAGCAGACACAUAUCCUCAGCAUGGAUCCAUUCAACUGGAAAAACUUCCUCUGGGCUCAGAAACUGUUGUUUGGACACGAGGAGACAGCAUCUCCAGGUCUGGAGAAAGUCUCCCAAAAAAAAGACUAAGAGUUGUCAGCAAUCCCAAAACUAUUGCCCCCUCAUCAGUGUUUCACAAUGGAACAGACAAAGUUUACACAUAUCACGGAAUCACACAACUACGAGUAGAAGAGGACAACUCCGCACCCAGAGAAAACAGAAAGGCCAACAUCAGGGUGAUGAGCAGGGGGGCACAGCUCCAGCUCCAUCCUGUUGUUUCUACAGGGAAACAGUCUGAUUCCUCAUUAAAAGUUCUGAAAGAAAAACAUCUCCCUCAGAAACUGGCAGCAGCUGAAAACUCAGAUCCUAAACCCUGUGUGCCAGAACUGAUGGGACUUUUACAUUUCAAUAAAACAAUCAAUCAGCUUUUUCACUGCAACGGUGUGUCCUGGAAACCAUGGGCUCCAACAGAUCAGAUGGUGAGCGCUCAGACGUGUCCUCAGAGCUGGACCUUUCAUGGAGGACACUGUUACAUCCUCAGUACUGACCACAAGGUCACAUGGAGUGCUGCUAACAGGGCCUGCAGGGAGAGGUUCAAGGGAACUCUUGCCAGUGUUUCCUCUAAAAGCGACAUGGACUGGCUGUGGGACUUCAGUGGAAGGAAGCCCUUUUGGAUCGGCCUGAACGACAGGGAGAGGCGAGGACAGUGGGAGUGGGCCAGCGGUGAGCCUGUCACCUUCACCAAUUGGAGGAAGACGCCCCCCAGCUCCAAACAGAAGGGCAGCACAAAGUGUGUCCUGGUGUGGAGAAGAGCCAAGUGGCAGACCAGAGACUGCAGGAGCAGCAGAGCUCAUCAUUUCGUGUGUUCGUUGAACAUUUGAAGAGAAACAGGGGAAGUGUUUCAGUGGGAGGGUCUGGAAGACAGACCGGUGCUCAGGUUUCAGUGGCUGUGUCUCAAUUCAUGGGUUGUGACCCACAUUGCCAACAGUCCAUGUGGGCCGUAGGCCACCAGUGUCAGCUGCAGAAAUGACUGUGAAAUGAGACGGUCUACAGAUGACAUAUGUUUGCAUUGCCACGCGUUGCCUUGUUAUCAUGGUGAUACGUUUUAUAUCACAUGCCAUGUACAUAAAAAACAUUGUCUGGGCUUUGCUCCAGUGUGAGUGCUUGUAAUUGCAUUUUAAUUGUCUCAUUGCAGCAAAAAUUUUAUUAGCUAAGUUGCUAAACUUACAUUUAAAUGUGAAUACUUUGUUCUGUGAUAAUCUUCCAAUCUGGAGGUGGCGGUGGCAGAGUGGUUUGGGGAGUUGUACCGCAAACGGAGGGCUGCCGCUUUGAUCCCCCGUUCCAUUCUCUCAGCCGUUGUGUCCUUGGACAGGACACUUCACCCACCUUGCCUACUGAUGGUGCUCAGAGGGUCCAGUGGUGCCGGUGC